AUGUCGCAGUACGCCGCGGAGCUCUGCGCGCUCCUUAUCGAGGACCAGUUUGGCGAGCUUUUCGCGCGAAUCUUCACAACCCUCCAGCGCUAUGAGCGGCUGCCACUGCCCCGUCUCAAGUUCUACUCCCGCUUGACCGAUCGCCAGCUACACCAUGGAUUGGUGGCUAUGAUCCAACACCACCUCGUCUACCACUUUACCUCCCUCGAAGACGGCAACACCUACUAUGCCGCGAACCCGCAGGCUGCGUACUAUCUCGUGCGCUCCGGCAAGAUCAUUCAGUUGGUCGAGAGUCGACUCGGCGAAUAUGCAGCUCGAGUUAUGGAAACCAUCUUGUACCUGGGGCAUGCGCCCAUCACACACCUCGAAACGCUCCCCGAUCUGCGAUAUCUGAAGUCCGAGACCACAAAUGGCGUUGUCAAGGAUGAGGAGCAGGAGGAGCAACAGGUUGAAGAGCAGGAGGAAGAAGCUCAAGACUUUGACCAGCAAGCGGAAGAAGAAACCAAUGGUACCAAUGGGAACCAUGCUGAAGAGGUCCACCAGAAACCGGCACCACUGCACUCCACCCUAAAAGCACUUGCGUCGCAUGGUUACAUUCUACGGGUUAAAGAUGCGCACUUCCAAAGCCCCGAAGACAACUACAUCGAGGCUCACAAGGCGGCUUCAAAUCGAUCCGAUAUCAAGCUUCUCAAGGGAAAGAGGCUGACAGAGGAAUUGCUUCUAAAGACCGAAGAAAUCCUUAGGGAACGCACAGACGGCGAUCUCUCAGAAGCUUGGAUGGUUAAUGGCAUGCCUCGCGGUGUGAAGAGAAAGUUUGCCAAUGGCACCUCCGAGUCCGCGAGCAAGUGGCCUCAAACGGACCAGAACGGCGCAAAUGGUAACCAUGCAGACGAAGAUGAGGAGAACGACUGGUCCGAGGAUGAAGAUGGGUUUGACAAUAUCCCGAUGGAGCCUGGACUGGUCCUUCGAGUCAACUACGAAAAGCUAGACGUGGCUCUACGAAACGCCCGCUUCGUCGAAAUGGCCGAGCACAACGCUCUCCCCGCCACAGCAGAGGUUUACGAAACUCUCCUCCGUCGCAUCGAAUACGUCACCAAACGCUGUCGCGACACCACCGAGAUCCCCCGCGAAGGCGAGGAAGGCGAACAAUUCUCCCUCCCAAUCGAGACAUACAAGAUCGUCAACGACGUCGAUCCCACCCUAGAUCUAUCAUCCUGUAUGGGCCCCUUACACCCAGCCUCGGAGCCUCUAAACCGCCGGGGCAAGCGGCCCCUCGAGAACGGAGUAAACGGCGACCACCACGACGACGAAGAAGACAACGCCGACAACGAAAUCAGCCGCGCCUACGAGAUAAACCAACACCUCCAACUCCUCGAACAAGCCCCGCACAACCUCGCCUCCCACGUCAGACUAUCCGACGGCAUCAAAUGGCGCGUCGGCUUCCGCGGUCUAGCCCGCAAACUGCGACACCUCGAACUAGAACGACUAGUGGAAAUGCGCUACGGCGACGUCGCCCUCCGCGUCCUCCGCGUCCUCCACGCAAAGGGCAAACUCGACGAAAAACGUCUCCAGGAAAUAUCUCUCCUCCCCUUCAAAGACCUCCGUCAAACCCUCGCCAGCAUGCAAACGGGCGGCUUCGUGGAUCUCCAAGAAGUCCCCAAAGACGCGCAGCGUCAGCCGUCCAAGACCAUCUUCCUCUGGUACUUUGAUCCGGAUCGUGUGUGCAGCAGUGUCCUCGAGGACACGUACAAGGCUAUGUCGCGCACACUGCAGCGGAUUAAAUUCGAGCGCAAUCUUCGGCGGGAUUUCUUGGAUAAGACGGAGCGUAGUGAUGUCAAGGGUAAUGAGGAGAAGUGGUUGAGUGAGGGGGAAUUGGAGCAGUUGCAGCGGUGGAGGGAUAUGGAGGCUAUUCUGUUAGGCGUUGUUUCUCGCUUGGAUGAUAUGGUUGCUGUAUUCCGGGACUUUUGA